UAACCACGAGGAAGCAAGUUUUCCCCCCUAAGAGUGAUAAAACCAAGUCAUUUUCCGAGACUGAAGAGAAGUUUUAGAAGUGAGUACAGGUAAUUAAAUUCAAUUGCUGGGGUUGAAAACAAAGAAUCAGUUGUUUCUUAACGUAUUUUUAAUUGUGUGCUACGACAUAUUCAUGACUUCACGCCUCUCGAAAGAUAACGUGGCCAGUGACGUGUAGAAGGCUGGAAAAGCCUCUUUCUAAACCGCGUGCUUGAAUAACUCAGGAAUUUUAAAAGUAAAAUUUACUGAAAGCUAAUUAAAGUGUUAAAUUAAGUUUUAACUAGAACAACACAACUCUGUUCGGGCUUCAUCACCUUAUUAAGAGCUGACAUUUCAUUCAUGCAGUUAAUUUGAUGUUUUUAUGAUCAUCUGUUACAUUUUUGCAUGUAGUUCAAAAUCAGUUGCUUUACAAGGUUUCUUUGCACCAAUUUUAUAUUUUCCAUUGAUUAAAAAUCAGCAUAGUCGAACAUCUUUCUUCGUGUAAAAUUACUGAGCUGCGUAGAUAACUUUUCUGUUAGAAUAAAAGCAACUAUGGCAAGUUUAGUUAAGAACAAUCAGCCUAAUGGCACGCUUUUGUUUUUCACGUACAAUAAGCGCAAUUGGGCAACCGUCAGAUUGUCAUUUGUCUUUCUUGACUCUGUUUAUUUAUUUUUAGUGUCCAUGGCAAAAAUGUUUGCCAUGUGUCGGUAAGAGCUCUAGAUGAACAUAUAUACAGGAUUGCUUUGUUUUUUUCUGGGUCUCUGUUUGCGAAGCGCGAAGUAGUUCAAACAAAGCCGAGUCCGACGUGGCUGUUGUAAACACUUCGAUACUGUGGGAGUGUGCAAUAUUAUGUAAGAGAACCCAUUGAUAAUCAACAAGUGCUGCUCCCUUUUUCUCAAAUAACCCACGUUCUCAGAUUGAACGGGUCAAUCGAUUUUUUUCUCAGAAUUGAAGAAUAAUCAAUGUCAGAUAUCAUUUGCUACAAAAAUACCUCAAUUGAUAAAUGCUCACGGCAUCUUUUUGCGAAAAAAAUUGGGAAAAAACACUCGCAAAAGAAAAGGAAUAACCGAAAAGAAAAUGCCAGUUAUUCACAAAGCCUAAACUCGACACCGACGAAUUUCGGAGGUGGUACUCAUUUAUCAAACACUGACCGGUCCUUCAAUCAACUCCUUUGUGCAAUUUUACAGGGGUCAACAGAAACAAAAUGCUUACGAAAUUAUAGACACUAGUUCAGUGUGCUAGACAAUUCAAAUGUCUCCUUGGUUCUGGAAAUUUCCAAUCCAAGACCAGAGAAUAUUGGAUAUGACACACCAGAACUUUCCAAACGAAGCAAAACGAGGUAAAGCAUGCCCAUGGUUCAUCUGUGUCGACAGAUUUCCUAACAACUUUAUGAAUAAAAGAUGGAGUAUUAGUAUACAAAAGUUAGCCCCACAGUAUGAUGUUUAGAAGCCUAAAUCUUUUGAAUUUCGAACUCAGAGGAGAGACACCCUUUUAAUCUUGAGUCUCUUGACGCCGCAGAGCUGCACCAGUGGAGGUCUGAUUAAUUUAGAACUUUUAUCUUUUUCUCUCAUCUCUGAACGACGUUCGUCUGAAGUGUCGCUCUUAAUGACUAAAAUAGCAAGGUCCUUGAUGGUCAGUCCGCAGGUUUAUUUGACGCGCUGAGCGUGAGUUCCGCAAUAACAGGUAUUAUCCAUCACGUAGUAGGACCUAAAAGAGCAAAAGCCAUGACUAGGGAAACAAAAUGUGGUUGACCCGCUCCACAAGUUGAAAAAAGUUCAGAGAAAGGCCGGAUUUAGUGAGCGGAUUAGGGACCCACUAACUGCGACGGUCACCAACUUUAAUUUGUUGUUGUCGUUCGUUGUCUAAUUUACUCUAACAUGAUCAUCGUUUCAUACUGAGAAAAAACACCUUGUAAACUCUACAACGAAAUUGGCUCUCCGCACUGACUUCUGCUCGAAAACUGAUAGAACACACAUGAAUUAUUUACAGCCUCUCAUAAGUGGGAAGAUGGCCGUCAGCCAAAAUGUGCGCUUAGUCCACUACAAAUAACAGUAAGUGUUUGACUCUUUGAACCUGUUGAGAAGAUUCUUAUCUCGCUGAAGGCAUCUUUGAGUCUUUUAUUUUUCGGGGAAGCCGCAAAGUGUCUGUUAUCACCACAACUGCGGCCGACAAAAUUGAACUUUAAAAUCUGAAAAGAAUAAAAUUACAUCGCGUGCCGAUAUAAGCUUGCUCUUGCAGGUCAAAGUGAACACACACAGCUUGAAAAUAAAAACACAGCCAAAACAACUAGGGCAAGCGAUGACCUUGACAUCAGUUCCUACCCUGCUCAUAGCUCACGCAAAAUAAUAUUUACUUAUGAACAUCCACCAAGAUAAAAAUUUUAAUAUUGAAUAGGAGAUUUCAGCACAAAUGCAAAAACAAACAUGCGCUGAAUAGUCCGCGAAAAGCGCGGGAAACGUAGGCUGGCAUCGCGUGCGCACGAACAGUGUGCGUAAUGGAGUGUACAGAAUGGAUUACAAGCCGGUGAUCCGACACGCUCUUUGGCGAACACCUGAUUUCGAAUGUAAAAAAGGAAAGAAUCAAGAAUUCCUUUUAAAUCUUAUCGUCAAUAUGUUGAAUGAUACGCGGUUCAUGGAAAAGAAUGCCUGCACGUCAUUACCAAAUUAGUCACUCUAGGGACCGUGGAAGUGGACAUUAUAUGAGGCAGGGUCUGAAAUACGACACCUUUCUCAACAAAGAUUAGAACAUUCUUUGUUAUAAAAAGAAAUGCUCAACUUAGCUCGAAACAUUAUCCAAAGAAAGAUCACGAAAGUUGGCGUUCAGGAGCAACACUUAGUCAAAGCAAACUAAAGAAGGUAGGAGAAAAAGAGUUUGUGCAAAUUUCGCAUUGUUGUUGCCAAUUUUUUUCGUCAGUACAUGAUUAACCCAGGGUUGUUUAGAGUUAUUCAGAAGAAAAAAAAAGAACUUACGUUAAACAGAAGUCCUAACAAACUUGGCUUACUCCUCAUUAGUCUUCUCGUUUCUAGACAACACAAAAUUCAGGCGAUUUCACACUGUUGUUUUGUAUAGGAUGGCUAAGGAACGUGCGUAGUUUUAAAAAGCGCGCACAGAGUUCCUGUUCCUCGCAUCAAGCCUUUUGCUUCCAAAUUUCUUGUUGCUAUUGCAUUUGUGGUUUUCCCUGAAGUUCCCUAUAGGAGGUAAGUUUCUAAAGGAACUGUGAUGCUGCGUUGGUGGGGGAGUAUAACAAAUUGAACAAGAUGAUUUGAUUUUAUAAACAGAGUUGAUAAUGUAAAUUAGCCACCGUAAAGAGUUUCUAAAACUGACGUUUCGAGUGUAAGUCCUUCAUCAGAGCCCCCCGAGUUCAAGCAGGCGUGGUCAUUUGAGAGAUUAUUUUCUUCAUGUCCGUUUACGAUACUUGUUGAAAAUAGCCACCGUUUUCCUCGAAGAACUCCAAUGAAUAGCAUUCCUACAGUCAGAAUGUAAAGUUCCCAACAAAUAAGAAGAAAAAGCUUCUUAUUUUCCAAAAGAUAGCAAUUGUUUCCAAACAGUCACUGUAGUUGUGUAAUAGCUCGGCUCGUAAAGACGCUAAACCUUAAAGAACUUAGAACUGAACAAAAUCUUCUCUCUCGUAAAUUUCAGGGUUAGCAGGGGAACCAUUUGACCUUUGAGACUCGUAACUCCUGCCGUCAAUUAGCUCAGGGAUUCAUAAUUCAUUGGCAAUCUUUUUUCGAUAUUCAUGAUUUUAACUAUAUCUCGUUUAUAACACGAAAAUUCACAACUCCUUCGGAUUUAAAUGCUAGAAUUUAUGAUUGACGAUUCUGCUUUCAUCCCGUAUAGCUUAUAUGUUUGCAUUAAAUCAGUGCGCCUUUGAAGAGCAUAACUUACAUACUCAGACGGGUUGUUGUCACGUUAUUUAUUUGGAAGUUCUUGUGUGGAAAAAUACUUCACAGAUGAUACUUAGUUUUGGCUAAUCUGCCCUGAAAAAUCAAAUUAGUUUCGGUUCAAUCUUUGUUGAUAGAAAUGCCUCGCAUGAUGUGGAAAAAUAAUAAAACAAAACCUCAAGCUUUACGGUGACAAUGGAUUAACUAGGUGACUUACGCAGUGCAACUAAAGUACUUACGUAAUUGACAAAAAGUUUAAGGGGGCAAGCAAAAAGUGAAGAGAAUGAUAAAAUCAAAUUAAAGGUUAACAGCUCAUUAAAUAAGUUCAAACCGUAGAGUAAUGACAUUAUACUUUGAGAGGUCUGCAGUGUCAUUAUGAUCCAAAAUGGAAUAGGUAUCUUCAAUUUGUUCAAAUUUGCACUUUGUUCUCUGGAAGGAAGAAAUAGCAACGCCCACGCCUCUUCUUGCAUCAAACUUUGAGAUGUCAGAUUUCAGGGUCCCAGUUCUUGAAAGUUUCGGUAGCUAAACGGGCUGGAAGCCUUUCUUUAAAAUCAAAAAUUUAAAUAAUUGAGUGGCAGUUUCUUGCACCCUCACCGGUCCAUUUGUUUCUUUAGCGAAUAGUUUGAUGUUAUAAUUUUCAAAACGAUUCAAACCCUUUUUUUGAAUGAAAGCAGAACAGCUGUACGGGUCUAUUAAGAUACCACGACCUUCGAGAAACCCAAGUCGGUCUAAGGUCACAUACGGACGUGAUGCAAUCCCCUGAAACUGAUCAUGGCUGCUUGAUUGUUAAACAGUCAGUCGGGCCACUUUGUGGUGUUGUAUACCGAUCCACUGAAGUUCAAUCAAUUUUCAAUUAUUCAUCAAAAUCAGGGGAAUCCACAGGUAAACUAAAUCUUUCCUGAAAUCCGCUCGUGGAGCCUUCACUGAAUGGAAAAAUUUGUCAUCACAGAUGAAUCUUAUGCAAAAUGGCUGCCAAAACUUUGUUUGAACUUGCCGGCGAGUCAGAUCAUUCACAGCAUGAAUUUAUCGCCCAGGGGCAUUGGAAUAUGUUACAACGUUUCGUUUUAAAAUAAUCAUAUUCGACGAAUUAAAAAAGCCAUCCAUGGACAAAGAUCUGUUGGAGUCGUUAAGACGAAGCUUAGGGCUGGUUUAUUUCGAUGAAAAUGCGACAUGAUUGUGACACUUGAAUCAUGAAAAACGCGUCACUUGGGUGGAAAAGUACUCUUUAUGAACGCGAGAAAUUGCAUAUAUAUAUAUAUAUAUGUAUAGAGAGAGAGAGAGAGAGAGGCUGUUGUCACGCGAAAAAUACGUUUGUCUUAUAUGCACAUAUGACACAUCCUUUACAUCAAACGUAGAAAGAGGUGUGCAAAUGUCCGUCAGAGCUGCAGAGAAACUUUCGAGGCUGAGUUUGAUCUCAAAUAAUGCCAUCAGUCUGUUAAUUUUCGUCCGGUUUUUUACAAUACCAUUUCAUUUUACUUUGAAUCCAUGUUGGGUAUAAACUUGAACGUUGUAAUUGCUAUAACAGGACAAGGCCAGGAGGAGAAUUCCAAUCAGAUAUAGCUCCUAGUUUUAAAAAUCCCAGUUUAUUUUUGCCAUUGUUCCCUGAUUUCCAUGUCAAAAGACUCGAGCCAAACCUGAGCAUUUCCAGUCUAUCGGUCUUAAUGAAUUGUCUUAAUCAGUUGCACAAACAUAGUUUUCUAAAGCCACUCUUGCACGAGGAUUUUAAUGAGCCCUGAAGGUAAGAGAUCAUGAUAUAACUCUUUUGGCAGAGAAAAUAUUCUUAAAUAAUAACACUGAAAUCCAAUUCAUGCUGCAAUCGAUAUUUGUAACUUAUAUCAUUGCAUAUGAAUAACUUUAGAUUUUUAUUGCAGGGACAGAAUCGAAUCUGACACAUCAAAUCAACGACAAUGGGUCCAAGAACCACGGAAUUUAUUACUUUCAUUGCGCUGUUGAUGUUCUGUACUUUGAUAGUGUUGCCCUCAACCAGAGGUAGGAUUUAAAGACAAUCUUCUGCUAAGUGUAUGUGUUUUUCAUUUCGUAGAUGAGAAAAUAAAGCUCCAAAAAUGUAGAAUGGUACAGCUUUCAGCCAUUUUCCUAUUACUGCUGAGUAUUUAUUCCCCUUUGUUGAAAUUUUUCAUCUGAACCGACUUAGUUCAGUGAAUAAUCCGUGUUCAAAAUGCGUUUUCUUAAUGAAUCUCAGAGCACUGCUCUUUCAAACAGCAAAAUAUUACAUCUUCUGUUACUCACACGGUGGAAGAUGAUAUCAAACUCACUGUUCUCAUGCAAGUUCCCCAACUAUAAAAAAGGGGAAUUAAUCUCUCUAAUCCUGACAUAACUUACAUACUGAGGUUAUGUGUUAUCUUUCAAAAUUAUUAAACUAUUCGCGUUCCGUUCAGAUCCUUGUAUGACCUCCCAGGAAUAUGUGCGUUUAUCUUUUGAAUUGUAUAAAAAAAAAAAAACGAUUCUCGUGGAACAUCUGGUGGUAUUACAAGCCGGUAACUUAAAAACAAAGUAAGGUUAAGGUCGCGUGAGUGGUGACCACUCCUUCUUCCUGAUGCCAAAUUGUUGCUACGUGAAAAAAAAACGUUUUCAUCUUAAAUUUAUGUCGCCCUCUUUUUGUACAAGAAACGGCAUGAUUCAGCCAUUUCGAGAAAAUUUCUCCGGAAAUAAUUCAAAGAAAAGAGUUCACAAAAACAAGGCUUUGAAGUUUGGUCGAGAAUUUUUUAUCUAUUUAGAGAGCUCGAGGUAUAAAUCAGAGUGACUUUCAGGCGGAUAAGCUGCACGAUUGUAAACUGGUUUUUAAAAAUCUAUAAAUGAUGUCCGCUAUUACUUUGGAAAACUCAGAACUUUGACAGAUUCUGGAUUGAAUGUUAAGUGUUCUCUAAAUUAAAAUGUACUUGAUCAAGCAAUUUGCGUGCGGUGACGCAAAACCCACGUCUUGAAUGUGAUUUCCCCCGGAAAUUGACACUUAUUUUACUGCACGAUUUCAAUUAAAGUUGAAAAACUUUUGGCCCGAUAUCAACCGGAUCCAUUGAUCUGUUGGUUGUUUUAAAAAGCUGGAUUUAUUACAGAAUGAACUUGAAUUUCAAUUGCCGCAUUGCAGUCAUUUUAACUUAAAACGCCUUUUGGCCCUUUGUUUCCUUCGCGUGCUGAAAUUUUAAAUGCAUCAUAAUAAUCAUAGCCAAAUAAUUUGAGAUAUUUCAACUUUUGGCAUCCUCUAAAGCGCAGUUCGUCCAUAGCUCACUGCUAAUUUCACGAACAAUCUCUAAGCAGCUAAGCGCCUUUUCUACGUGGGCGAAUUGACGACGAUCGGAAACACCUAUAAUUCGUUUUGCUGAGCCAGGAUUCGAUUUAGACAGAGGAGAAUCCCACUGAUGCAGAUACAAACUUGGCUUCAACCCCACCCCCCUCCCCCUUCUCCCCAGCGCCCUUUAACAAACGUUAAUAACUCCAUGAACAUUCACGAAAUCGUGGAGUGGUACUGAUCAACAGAUCGCUGUCAAACUUGGUCAUUUUGGUGAUUUUUAGGCGGUCUUUCCAACAGUGAGGCUGCUUUUUCUUGACCGAUCCGUGUCAAGAGUGCUAGGGCCUGUUUUCAAUAAUCCGUCUGCCCACGUAUCGCAAAUAAGAUCAUUAGAGUUCAAGAAAAUUCACAAGAUCCUUCCCAUAUCUCGGUCCCCCAAAAUCUGUGAAGGCAGACAGGAACGUCAAUUAUAAACUGAAAUCUCAGUGUGAUACUGCAAAUCCCAGCUGUGGUGCCAGAUCGUGACCCCAGCCCAACAAAAAUAGUUUCUCCGGGAAAUAGAUGUUUGAUUUAACUACACACGACGUGCCGAAUUUUGAACUCUGGAUCAGAAGUUGUCGUACGAUGGAAGACACAGUAACUUACCUACAUCCAAGUUUAGAAUCCUUCCAAUUCGGAUCCUUCGCUAAUCUUUAAUUGUUUGAACUCAAUACAACCACGAUAACAUAUCACCGCUUCUUAUCGAUAGCGUUGUCAAUCAUUAGUUCUUGAUUUACAAAGUGGCCGUACGUUCGCCGACUAUUUAUCACUAUUAUAAUUUUUACGCACCUUAAAUGUGCUUGUAUAAGGAUAGUUUUGCCCAUGCAAGCUUUUGAAGACUGCACCACGUUUACGAUCAAUGGCGACUAUGCCAGUUUUAUAUACUAGCUUUUAUUUGAAGUUUCAAUUAGGAACAUGAUGCCUCCAACGAAUCCGACUUUGAUGAAUUUCACUGAUUGCCUUCCUUACCGCAAUGUAAACGUUAUCGAUCAAUCUUUCCUUGUAACAAAUUGACAAUUAGGAGAGGAAACUGACGAAAAAGUGGUUUCCAAGAACAACACACAGUUGCGAAAUCUGUCUCGCCAUUCAGGAUUCAGGUCUCUUCAACCGCUCUGUCUAUUUGAAUAAGAUUACGAGUUAUACAGUUUUAUAAAAGUGUGAAUCGACAGGUGUAAAAAUAGACCGCUUAGGCUUCUACAUCUCUAAUUAUAGACUUAUCAAAACAACAACAGAAAAUGUCCUCUUCACUCAUGUAAAGUCAUGUUUGUAAACAAAAUGCUAAGGAUUCAAGAAACUGCGAGAAGUUUCCUUAUUUCCCAGCUGCUGCUUUAUUUUGCUCAGCUGGAGUCGGAAGAAGUGAUCAUUUCCGAAUUCAGUAUAACUUCCUGUCUAAAUGUCAGAUCAAGAGACAGGUUUGAUGGCUAAAUAAAUUCCCAAUCCCUGCAUGCAAGCGGCAUAUAAACACACGUGUAAAAGUGUUCCACAGUCGGUGCGUGUGUUCGUAUCUGAAGUGACUAGCGAUGGCGCAGAGAUCUGCUACCUUGGCGGGCGUCGUUCAGCUCAUCAGCAUUCUACUCGUCUCUGCCCAUGCAGCAAAUGGUACGUGAAAGAGGUUAAUGUCUUUCUGUUUUUUAGUUUUUUCUUUGCGUGCGUGUGUGUUCGCCUUUUUUUGCUCAGUAGUCGAUAUGCCCGACAGAUUUUCGUUGUUUUUAGUUAUGCAAGGAAUAGCCGAUGGGCGAAUGACUGUAAUUGUUUUUAAAUCUAAUACCUUGUUUUUUGCCUUGUGAGAAGUUACCAUUUCGUUAAUCCUAUUCCAUACAAAUAAAUGACAAGGGCUUUUGAAGAUUCCACUCGGUAAACUAGCAAAUUUCGCCUUCAUUUGCCACGAUGAGUGAAAAAGAGGAUUGCUGAACAAAGUAUGUAGGUAUGACGUGGACAAUCUUCGUUGUCAAGGGACUGUAUGCCUAGUCUUCUUCCCAAUCAGUGAUACAGAAAAACUUUGUCUGCACGGCAAGCCCACAGGUGUUCCUAUCUGUUUAAUAUCUACUCUAAAAAUUUGGCAAAAAUCACGAGAUCUUAGACUUUCAAAUGUUUCCCGUGAAGAUUUCUCAAACCAUCAUGGUGACGGACGAAAUCCUGGGCAAAUAUCCACUAAAUUGCCUUCGAGAGCUUGCUCUGCACUCAUAAGACCUUGUUGUGGAGAUCAGCGGAAAGAAAACAGGCCUUUUUGGUUCUGUAACCGGCCUGAUCAGUGACACUUCGUCUGUAGCUCAAAAAGGUUUAAUCUCAAAUCCAACCGAGUACAGAUAGACACAGAAAUGGAUUGAUACUGUGCAGAUUGCUGUGGUAUACAUUUCUUAUUCAUUUAUUUUAUGCCCACUCUCCUCCUUUAUUUUAUCAAGUUUUCUAUUUUAGUUGAGUUGUAAUCCCUCUGGAUGCGUUUUCAAGCAACUCAAAAGGAUCAAACACUACACAUGAAUAUGAAGUUUAAAUUCCGGGUAGAACCGUAUGCGUCAUCUUUGAACGAACACCUGUGCGAGAGGGCAAAAUUUAUCUUAAUACAUGAGUAAAACUUUUCAUGUUAAAAGGUUAAACAAGAAAAAUCUAUUGGGUGUAUCAUAUAGUCGAUGAUUAAACAGCUUUCUCCGUGGGAGUUUGUUUCAAGUUCUUGAACUUUUUUUUUCACACGAGAUCACAUUCACUACAGGAACGCAGCUUGAGUGUCCGCGGCAAAGACUUCAACUUUAUUUACGAAGUUGCUAACGACGAACGAAGAAGUUGCAUGAAGCGUAUAGUCGGGCGCUGCAAUAAAUUGAGUUCUUGAUAUUAUUUUUGGAAGUAAAAGUUUAAUUAGACAAAGUCAUGCAAAGAGGAGAAGUUUUGAAAUGAAAACGUCAUGACAGCUCCUUAAAACUGCGCGUUAAUGUACAUCGUCCUCUUCUUUGGCUGCGAUACAAUAAUAACAACCAACAUGCUUACGUUUACUUUUUGCGGUGAUUUCCAGAGUUUUAAUUGAAUCAACAAAGAAAAGUAGUUGUUGACUGCAACAGUAGAAUAGUUUAUUAAAAAGCUUUGGGUGAGCAGAUAAGACUUAGACGAGCCCAUUCAAUAAAUUUCAUUUGAUGUGUAAACACUUUCGAAGCUGAUAAACGUACUUUUCAGUGUCCGGUUAAGAGAAUAUCCAUUUUCUUAAGCAUUUUCCCUUUGAAUAUUGCAAUAUAUGAAAUAGGAAAUAACGUGUUUUUCAAUCGGAACUCAUUCAAAUAAUUCUGGCAGCAACUAGCGGGCUGAUUGGAAAGCGGCUUUUCUUCAAGAUGGUUAAGUAAGUUGGUCGAAAAAAAUAUAUAUCAGGAGAAGACAAACAGGACAAGAAAAACAAUGCGUUGUUUUCGAUGGAAAAAUGAAGUGCAUGUUUAGUCUAGGAUCUAAAUAUGUCGGAUGCGGGUGGGUGGCUAAGACCCACCAGAGACACUAAAAUAACUCAACAAUGAUAUCCACUGAUAGCGCGGAAACCCAAUCUCUUAUCUGAGGGCGGUCUUCAAAAUUUUUUUUUUUCCGUCUCCCAUUGUUUGUGUCUUACGCAAUGAUCUUUAGUUCCACUCUUAAAUGGCUUACAACUUGUUAUAUCUUCAGCGGGAAAACCAUCUUUUAAGCUGUAUGUCUUUAUUCAUGGUUGAAGAAGUUUUGAAUUUAAAAAAGUUCGUAAAAUCUGUGCGAUUGAAUAAACAGAAGGUCUGCGUAUGUUGUUUUGAAGUGUAAAAAACGGAAGCCACUCAAUCAAUGACACUUCUCGCUGUAGAAAGCAAAUUCCCGGCCGCUCCUCAACGAUUUAUUGUUAAAGUAAAUUAUACCUUGUGUCUGUUGGAUUAUCCUGCCAGAAAUCGAUGGAUAAAUAUAUCAAAUGAAAACACAAAUAUCCUGUGGUCGUGUUUAGCACUUAGCUAGCUGUGCUCUCUUCUGGCGGUAUCCGGUCAUGUUUCCUUCAUUGGCAAUCAGCAAUUUGCCAACGACAUCAUCACACUAACCUCUUUGAUCUCUUUUUGGCCAGGGUGGGGGGUGGGGGGUGGGGUCGAGGUACAAGGGUAACGAGAAAGGGCAAUUUAAUGGGCAACUAUUCAUGUUCGUGGCAGAGUUUCUGUUAUGAUUUACCGUUCGUUUUCUUUGUUGUUUUUUUUUCGAAAAAAAGUGUUACUAUUGAAAAAAACACGAUCCAUGAUGAAGGUACUUUUAUCGACUCUCUAGUUACCGCCGUUCAUUGCAACUCAUUAGUUCUCUCAAUUGAGUUCAACUGUUUAAUCCAUUUACACAUCUUCGUGUGCGGAGAAAAUCAGUGCACUCCACAUAGUUGCUUAAUUGCGUUUUGCAUCGAAUUCCUAAGCAGGUAAAUAAGCACAAUGCCAAGCCCAUUUAUGCUUGGCGCGGCGGGUAACAUGAUUUUAACAGACGUAAAUGUGAUCAUGAACUCUCUUGUUAGGCAUGGAGGGUGAGUCGCUAUCAUAGGUUGACUUUGUCCCAUUCGGUUCUAUUAAAUUCUACCUUUAUUGAGGGCUCAAAUUCAUCGAAAAGGGACUUCGCGGGUACAAAUCGGAAUCUACAGGUCUUGUUUUUAGUCAAUCAGCCUUUUUUUUACAAGGUAAAGUCUGUAAAUAUCGCAUUAUCUCAAUUUCAUAUACAAGAAAAAAUAUAUGAACAGCAAACUUUUAAAGGAUCUAAGAAUCCAACCCUAGCCGCGAAGAUUAGAGGCGAGUACUUCAUUCUUUCGCUAUAGCUACCUCUGCUACUCCUAAUUCCAACGGCUUGAUUUAAUAAAGUUUACCCUGAUAACAGCAAUUUUAAGUGAGAUCAAGAAUGGUGUAACCUCGAUGUUUUCUGGCCCUUCUUUGCUAAUCUACUAAAAUAUGUUUCUCUUUUAGGUGCGAUGUUUUGUUUUUCGAAACGCAUCGAGGUAGAGAACCGCUGCACAGUUCAUCUUGCUCAUAACCUCAGUAGCCCUGUGAACUGCUGCGAGGCUUAUCCAAAUGCGUAUUACAUUAUCACCAACAUUUCACACCUGACACCAGGUUCAAGGGAUCACAAACUGUACAUGGAACGUUUGAGAUUUUUUGGCGCCGACAACUGUUUUGCAUCUUGUAGAAAAACUGUUGGUAAGUUUUUAGUAGAAGUGACAGCCGCUUUUAACGCAGCUAUUCAAUUAGACAACAAGAUGGGAUUAUUCUUCCAUUUUAUAUCUUUCCAGUAACUUCUGUGCAUCGCAUGCCGCCUAUUUACUCUUUUAUUCCCAAGAUGUGUUGUCAAUUCUCCCCUCCAGCUGAUACAUAGUUUUCCUUGUAAAUAAGUUACGAGAACUUGGUGUUAGAUCAAGAUAACAAGUUAAACCUGAUUGAGUUUGAGUAUUCUCACAACCUGUUGGCUGGAUAAUAUAUGGAUAUUGUAGGGAGAAAUUACAUUUUAAUCACUUUUGAGAGAUCAAGGGUUAAAACAGGUAGAAUCACUUUGUAUUUGAAAUGAUGGAGCGAAAAAGGAAGUAAAUCAAUAAUGUAUCUGUUUAUCAGUUUCAACUUUUGAUCUUCUUAAUGCGUCUUCCCCUGUCGCUAAAUCAAACCAAAUUAAGCGGGGUUAUCGGGUGAUAGAUGAUCGCCGUAAUUUUACCGCGUGAUGCGAUUUAUGAUUUGUGAUUACAGAUACAGGAAAGAAGUGCAGAGUGAAGCCAAACGGAAAGGUGAAAUGUUCGUGUUCCAACCAACCGCGUCCAGUAUGUUCGACAGAUCUGUGUACGUACAAAACUGAGUGCGCAUUCAAGGAAGCCCGUCAGAAUGGAAGACUUGAACUUGAGGUGGCUUAUCGUGGGAUGUGCCAAAGUAAGUAAGGGAAACGUCCAGCAUUAGAUGUUGCCAUGAAAGGUAACAAAUGUGCUGCGAGAAUUCGCUGAAAAACAUUGGCCAAAUUACAGUCUGUUUUAAAUUACACAUUACAUGAGCUAUGUGGCAGUUAUCAUUCCCUCAAUGUGCAGCACAUGAUAAAUUUGCAUGAAAAGUAUGCCCCAAGAUAGAGAAAGUAGCAAAAUAAAAUAAAUAAAUAACAUUGUGGGCGAUGUCCUCGUAACUUUUAUCUCUCUACAUUCUGCCUCAAGGCAUCCCUCGUUAGUACACGAUAAAAAACGUUACCUCCAUUGAAAGAGGUUUAUGUAAUUUAUAUAGUUUACAGUUCACAAGAAAAUAACUAUGAUGACGAUAACGAUGAAGAUAACGAAGAUGACGAUGACGAUGAUAAAGAUGACGACAACGGCAAUGACGACGAUGACGACGACGAUAACGACGAUGAUAACGAUGACGAUAGUAAUGACGAUAGUAAUGACAAUGACGAUUGUAAUAGAAAUGACGUUGACGAUGACGAUAAAGACAACGACAACGGGGACUACGAUAAGUGAUAAUGAUGUUUCUAAAUAUUAUUAUCACUACUGUUUUCUCGUAGCUGGCUGCAGGAACGUUUCCUGUCGAAAGAAUCGUACUUGUGUUUUGGACAAAUACGAGCGCGCGCUCUGUAUUAAGUGCAAUUAUCCGUGUGGUUCAUAUCACGGCGGAGAAGUUUGUGGGGCUGAUAAUAUUACGUACCAAAGCAAUUGUCAUCUCAAACAGAAGACCUGCGAAAAAGGGACGACGAUAGGUGUGGCGUACAAGGGAAGAUGUCAUGGUAAAGAACAGCCAUCUAUCUGUUCUCCUUUCUCCUUUACUGAGAAUUUUUCAUUUGAGUGUCAGAUAUUGCCCUGCGAUUGUAUUGGUUACUGACGCUCCUUAGUUGUGCGCUUACGAAUUCUUCCAUCGUUUCUCUUUUUACCCAACUCGCGCGGAUGGCCUUCGGUGCUCACUUGCAAUCAGCGAAACCUCACUUUGUGUCUGUUUUCAUACGCAUUUGGUUUAUUUUUGGUGCUCCGGCUAACUCUUUUCAACUUAAUUAUCAAUUGCUCAUUUUAGGGGACGUUACAUGAUAUUGGAUGGAAUAAAUAAGACAUGCCAUGCAGUAGCUCGAAGGAGCAGUCGAUUUGUAUUGUGAAAGACCGUGACCUCGAACUCUAACAAGCCUCUUCCCCCUUCCCUGCCCGCCCACUUCCCCAGCAACAUUUUUAAGAACUCGAUCAAAGCUUUUCAUGACGCGGACCUUUUAGCCUGCAACUAAAAUAUAGAUCUUCUUGGCACCAUGUCUUAUAUCCCCCAUAUAUUUCUGAACGUCAGAUAAUCAGACUCUUGUUCUGUUUUUAACAGCGAGUGCUACAUGUGACAGUAUAAACUGUGGAAACAAGCUGUGCGUACUCGAUCAUCAAGGCCGACCUCGAUGUGUCACUUGUAAAUGUCAGGAGUCCAAGCCGAUUGAAUGUGCGGGGUCAGGAACUUCCAUGCCGACCAUAAUAUGUGGCUCAAAUGGGGUAACUUAUCAAAAUUUCUGCAAACUGCGAGAAGACAUGUGUAGUCAAAAGAUAUUCAUCGAUAUAAAACAUCUUGGAAAUUGCAAAGGUAACGUGAAUAAUAUUUUACUGUGAUAUUUUCAACCAUAGAGUAUGUAAGAGCGAUUUUCCUUUGGGUGUCGUCAAACCAAACCAAAAUACCAUAAUUACAACUGCUCAUCAGAGCAAAGGCAAAUUUCACAAACAUUUCUCAAAUUAAAAAUAAGCAAACUGCCUCGAUCGCGGGGAAAAGCGUCUGGUUUUAUUUUCAAAUCUAAUUGGUUGAAAAGGUGGCGCAAAUUUCCCAGACCAGUUCAGUACAGAGCGAGGAAAAGUGAAUUACGUACGACACGGAAUUGAUAAUUUCUCCAACAGAGUUGCACUAAAUUCGAUGAACAUUGUUACAGGGUAUUUCAAUAAAGAAGUGAAAGUUUUAAAUAGUACGAUAAGGUAGAGAAACCCAUUAGAGGCAAAAUGGAUCAAAGAUGGCCGAGGAUGGAUACUCAUGUUUGCAAACUUAUUAAAUGUACGUCUGCUUUGUUGAAUUAUAGGACUUCUCUGAAAAGCGUUGUCUGUUUCCUUAAAGUUGUUUAGCAUUGUCUGUAUUGUUAAAAACUGAGGUUUUUGCCUUGACCUGAUUUCUUAGGGAAGCUGUCACAUCCUCCCCCGCCAAAAGACGAGGUACCAAAACUGAUAGCCACUGCGAGUCCAAUAGCGAAACCCUCCAAGUCACAGGACGUAAGCAACUACUACAUCAGUUUGAGAAAUUUGGUAGAUAUCUUGAGGAAGAAUUAUCCGUUGAAUAUAACAACGCCUAAAUACAAAAAACUCCGAAACCACGAAAAGAAGAUAUCUGUAAUUAAGCUCUUGGAGCAAAUAAAGACGAAGUGGAGAAGGGUAAAGAGCUCUUCCCCUCAAUAA